AUGACUCCUACUACAGCUGAUACCAAGAAGAGACCAAUCUCACCUCCUAUAAAUGAUAGUGAUUCAAAGAAGGUAAAUAUAGAAAGUACUGAAUCCAAAGUCAAUCAUCCAAAAGUCAGAACCAAUCAACCCAAACAAAUCAAUAAAAGAAAAUAUAAAUCAAAAGAUGUAGAUCCAACUUCACCAUUAGGAGUAUUACAAUUUGAAAUCAAUGAACUCUUACAAAAGCAUAAUUUAACUAAAGAGGAUGUAUCCAAUGAUAUGAAACUAAUCCUUAAUGAUGAAUCCAUCAUUCCUCAAUAUCAUCGAAUUGUCACUGAUGUGGUGGUUGAAACUAUUAGUUCUAAUGGAGAUGGAUUAGGAUUAAUCAAUCAUCCUGAUUCCCAAAAGAAAUUACAAAUUGUGAUCAUACCAUUUGGAUUACCCGGUGAUAAAGUUGAAAUCAGAGUAUUUAAAUCACAUCCAUUAUAUGUUGAAUCUGAUCUUUUAAAUAUCAUUGAACCCAAUCCUAAUAGAGAUGAUUCAUUAAUUAAAUGUCAAUAUUUUGGAAAAUGUUCAGGAUGUCAAUUUCAAAAUGUUGAUUAUAAUCAACAAUUAAUUUUCAAACGUCAAACGAUUGAAAAUGCUUAUAAAUAUUUCGCUCCUAUUUUAACAUCAUUAAAAUCAUUACCUAUCAUUAAUGAUACUGAACCAUCACCAUUACAAUAUAGUUAUAGAACCAAAUUAACUCCUCAUUUCAAUAUACCCUAUAAGAGAACAGUUGAAGAAAGACCUAAUUUAGGAUUUGGAUCGAAGGGAAGACCAACUUGGAGAAAAGAUGUUGAUAUUAAAGAUGGAUCAAUCUUAGAUAUUGAAGAAUGUUUAAUUGGUACCCCAAUUAUAAAUCAAGGUAUGAAAAAUGAAAGAUUAAGAUUUGAAACUCUGUUUAAAAAUUAUAAAAAGGGAGCUACCAUUUUAUUAAGAGAAGAUACUAAUGUUAUUGAUAAAGAUAGUAAGAUUGAUUUAAUCGAAGAAUCAGGAUCUACUGAUGAUAAAGAUGAGAUUUCUUAUUUGGAAGUUGAAUUAAAUGAUGAUAAUAAUGAUAAGAAAUUAGUUAAAACUUGUGUGACUAAAAGUAGACAAAUUGUUAAAGAAUAUAUUAAUGGAUAUACAUUUGAAUUUUCAGCCGGUGAAUUCUUUCAAAAUAAUAAUUCAAUUUUACCAAGAGUAAUUGAAUAUGUUAGAUCAAAUUUAUCAAUUGAUAAUCAAUCAUCAUCAGAUGAAGAAGAAAAAUAUUUAGUUGAUGCUUAUUGUGGAUCGGGAUUAUUUUCAAUCACAUGUUCAGACAAUGUAUCAAAAGUGAUUGGAGUUGAAGUUUCUGCUGAUUCAGUUAAAUUUGCUGAACGUAAUGCUACUAAUAAUAAUAUUAAAAAUGCUCGAUUUAUAGUUGGUAAAGCAGAAGAAUUAUUUAAAAGUAUUGAUACACCAUCAAGUCAAACAUCAGUGAUAUUAGAUCCUCCAAGAAAAGGAUGUGAUGAUGUGUUUUUAAACCAAUUAUCCGAUUAUAAUCCUGCUAAAAUCGUUUAUAUCAGUUGUAAUGUUCAUUCUCAAGCUAGAGAUAUUGAUUGGUUUAUUAAUAAAACUGAAAAUGGUCAUAAAUAUUAUGUUGAAAGUGUUAAAGGAUUUGAUUUCUUUCCUCAAACUCAUCAUGUUGAAAGUGUGGCAGUGUUAGCAUUGAAGAAAGAUUAG